AUGUUGUUGGUAUCACUUGUUGUCACAUGCUUGGCUUUUGCUCAGGCUCAAAAUCCUAUCGGACUCAAAGCGUCCGCUUCCGUUCGCGGCUUGCAAUUUGGCACGGCUGCAUCGAUCGACCAUUUGCGCAACAACGUGGAUGGCGGGCAGUUCAAUCCGUACGUUAUCAAGAACUAUCAUUUGAUCGAGCCGGAAAACGAUCUCAAACCGCAGAAAUUAUGGCGUGGUGAAAAUAAUUACGACUGGGUCGACUCGGACUGGCUGCUGGGCGCUACCCCAGACACUGUCGGUUGGGCACAACAGAAUGGAAUGCAAAUCCGCGGACACACCUUGGUGUGGGCCACCGAUAACACCAUUCCUCACUGGUUGCUUCAACAAGAAUCGUCGAUAACACCCGACAAAGCCAAAUCGCUGAUGAGCGAUUAUAUUCAUGCUGUAGUUGGUCGCUAUCGAGGCAAGAUACCAUCUUGGGAUGUAGUCAAUGAAGCGGUUGACGAUGCGCAGAAUAAUGGCCAUCCGUUCAACAUGCGUAAUUGCUUUUGGUUCCGAAAACUGGGCCAAGAUUUUGUUAAAUACGCCUUCAUGUUCGCCCAUCAGGCCGAUCCCCAAGCCAGACUCUAUUACAACGAUUACAACACCGAAGAUAUGGGUUCGAAAUCGAACAGUGCUUUUGAACUUGUCAAAUGGGUGAGGUCGGAGGGCGUCGCCAUUCAUGGAGUUGGAAUGCAGUGGCACAUCGGUCUUUGGGCGACGGUCAACCCUGGCGACCAGUACUAUCAGAACGCCCAACGUCUGAUAGAUAACGGGUUUGAUUUUAUGGUUACUGAACUCGAUAUUGCUAUUCCAAUGAAUGGGAAUCAUCCUCGAGAUCUCAAUGAUUUGCACAAACAAGGACUUCUUUAUCGUGCUCUGUUGAAAUACGUGCUUCACUUUUCCCCGAGAUGUCAUGCCUUGAUAACGUGGGGUUUCACCGACAGAUACAGUUGGAUCCCUGCGUUUUCCGAUUACCUUAAUGGGGUUGCUCUCCCAAGUGAUUGGAACUAUCAACCAAAAUACGCCUACUGGCAAAUGCAAGAAGAAUUGGGUCGUAUUCUCCCCGACGGGAUCUAUCGACUCUCAGUUUCAUCACGACCGGGCAGCCGUCUAGAUACCUAUGACAUGGGCGAAACUGGAGGUGUCCAAAUCUACAUAGGAGGAGGUGAUGCGGCUAACCAGAAAUGGGAGCUAAUCUGGCAGGGCGACGGGACCUAUCGUCUGUCACCCCAAAGCUCCAGAGGACGCGCUCUUGACUGCUACGACGAGACCGGCACACCAGGUGGCAUCCAAACGUACAACUGGUGGGGCGGCGCCAAUCAGGAAUGGAUUCUUUCCCCACUGGGAGGUAGCACAUUUCGUGUCGGUCUACGUAGUGUCUGGUGGCGGGCAUUGACUGUUCACGGCACAUCCAGCGUUGGCCUAGCUGACUACAUAAACAGCGGAGAUCAACAGUGGGUCUUCACCAAUGUUUAA